AUGGCUUACAGCGACUACAGCGAUGGAGCAGAUGAUAUGCCUGACUUCCACGAUGAAGGUGAGUUUGAUGAUUUCUUGAAUGAUGACGAAUACGAACUGAUGAACCAGGUGUUUCCCUCCUUGAAGGAGCAGUUGCAGGACUACCAAGGCUGGGAUAAUCUCUCACUAAAGCUGGCCUUGUUCGAUAAUGGCUUUGAUUUAGAAAGCACGCUGGCGGAACUGAAAAUAACUUUGAAGAAGAAGAAGACCCCCAAGAAAACAGUUGCUGCUGUUAAUGGUACUGACAGCGUCGUUCAAAAGCUUUCUGACGUAUCAAUCUCGAAACCGAUAGCUAGCAAUGGACUCCCAGAUUGGCUUGAUGAGGAUGAAAUUGAGAACGAACGCAAUGGUAAUGGGUCCGACGAUGAAGAAAGGGCAGUACAAAGAUACUAUAAGACGACAGUGCCAACAAGACCCAAGAAAUCUCAAGAUGUGUCUGCGUAUAUUAAAUCAGCUUUACCUCACUUGAGUUUUGUGGUUCUUGGCCACGUUGAUGCGGGAAAGUCAACACUAAUGGGCAGACUUCUUUAUGAUCUGAAAAUUGUCAAUCAAUCUCAACUAAGAAAACUACAGAGGGAGAGUGAAACUAUGGGUAAAUCCUCCUUCAAAUUUGCCUGGAUCAUGGAUCAAACGAGUGAAGAGCGUGAACGUGGUGUAACGGUGUCCAUUUGUACAUCCCACUUCUCCACCGAAAGAGCAAAUUUCACCAUUGUGGAUGCACCAGGUCAUAGAGAUUUUGUUCCAAAUGCUAUAAUGGGAAUAUCGCAAGCAGAUAUGGCCAUACUUUGUGUCGACUGUAGCAUAAAUGCCUUCGAAUCAGGGUUUGAUUUGGAUGGACAAACAAAGGAGCAUAUGCUGCUGGCAUCCAGCUUGGGAAUCCAUAAUUUAAUUAUUGCCAUGAACAAGAUGGAUAAUGUGAACUGGUCCCAACAAAGAUUCGAAGAAAUUAAAUCGAAAUUGUUGCCCUAUUUGAUUGAUAUCGGGUUUUGUAAGGAUAAUAUCUGUUGGGUACCUAUCAGUGGAUUUUCCGGAGAGGGCGUUCAUAAAAUUGGCUACACAGACGAUGUGGAAAAAUGGUACAAUGGUCCUAACUUAAUGUCCACCUUAGAAAAUGCGGCACUGAAGGUUUCUAAGGAAAAUGAAAUAACUAGCAAGGAAGACCCAUUUUUGUUUUCUGUAUUGGAGAUCAUUCCACUGAAGAAAACAAACAGCGAAUUGGCAUUGAUUUCAGGAAAAUUAGAAUCCGGUUCCAUUCAGCCCGGUGAAUCAUUGACAAUUUAUCCAUCGGAACAAAGUUGUAUCGUGGAUAAAAUCCAAGUGGGUUCUCAACAGGGACAAUCAACAAAUCACGAGGAGACGGGUGUUGCUAUCAAGGGCGAUUUUGUCACUUUAAAAUUGCGGAAAGCGUACCCAGAAGAUAUUCAAAACGGUGACUUGGCUGCAUCGGUCGAUUAUCCAUCUGUUCAUUCCGCGCAGUGUUUUGUCUUGGAGUUAACCACCUUCGAGAUGAAUAGACCGCUGCUCCCGGGAUCACCGUUUAUUCUUUUCAUUGGUAUAAAGGAGCAACCUGCUAGGAUUAAGAAGUUGAUAUCAUUAAUAGACAAGAGCAGCAACGUACUUAAGAAAAAGGUCAGACAUCUAGGUUCAAAACAACGUGCUUUUGUAGAAAUUGAACUGAUCGAAGUGAAGAGAUGGAUUCCCCUACUAACUGCAAGUGAAAAUGACCGUUUAGGUAGAGUGGUUCUCAGAAAAGACGGUAGAACCAUAGCAGCUGGUAAGAUUUCUGAGAUUUCUCAGUAG